GAUCAAAUGGUUGAUUCCCAGGUAUUCAUAGAUAAUCCGAUCCGAUAUAUUCCAAAGAGUAAGAGAAUUGACUCAUCCGGUGAGUUUGCUGUGCAUAUACAUACCUACAUUAGGCUAUAUAAGGUUAAGCAGUAAGUACAGGUAAGAUAGGUAAUCAGCUCAAUCCCUAGUCAAGAUACGAACACUUUUCCAAAUCGACACAUUUCCAAGAUGGCAUCCGCAUACUCACCUGAACAAAUCGACCAGUACGAAGAAUACAUUUCUCUCCCCUCCAAAUACCGACGAAGAAACAAUCCCGCCCUCACUCUCGACUAUCUAACCUCUCUGCACAUCCAUCAAAUCUCCAGUAUCCCCUAUGAAAACCUGCUCCUCCACUACUCCCCCUCUCACUCCGUAUCUCUAGACCCGCAAGCACUCUUCACAAAAAUCAUAACCAACGCGCGAGGACGAGGCGGCUAUUGUCUAGAAGGCAGCACGUUCUUCAAUCACGUGUUGCGAGCCCUAGGAUUCCAAGUAUAUACCGCCGGCGUCAGGAUACGACGUAGAUCUAUACACGAUGGUGUUCCGCGGGGAGAUUACAUCGGCUGGUUCCACAUCGUAAACAUAGUCACGCUCCCCUCCACCCAAAAAUACAUGAUCGACGUAGCCUUCGGCGGCGACGGGGCCACGGUCCCCCUACCCCUCACAUCCGGCCCCCCAACGCGCAAUCUCGGAACCCAAGAAAUGCGCCUCAUAUCCUCACCCAUCCCCCAACAAGUCGACCAGUCCAAGCCACUCUGGAUCUAUCAAUACCGCAAUCAUCCCAGCAAAGAGUGGAAUUCCUUCUACGCAUUCUCCGAACAUGAAUUCCUGCACGAGGAUUUCGAAAUCAUGAAUUAUUACGUGAGUACCAGCCUGAGCGAGCGCAAUUUCCAGACGAAGAAUGUGUUGAUUGUGAGGUUUGUGAGAGGGGAGGAUGAGGAGGGACAGCAAAAGAUUGUGGGGAAGAGAAUGUUGCUUAAUGGGGAGGUGAAGCAGAAUAUGGGGGGGAAGACACAGUUGGUGAAGGUUUGUGAGAGUGAAAGUGAGAGAGUGGAAGUUCUCAGGGAGUUUUUUGGGAUCACGUUGACGGAGGAGGAGAUUGGGGGUGUGAGGGGACGGAAUGUCGAGUUGGGAGGCUCUCGAGCGUCUGUGGAACGGUUGGAGGUUUGAAUAGAAAUAACAAAUACAGUGAUGCAGAACACGAUAACAUACCUCUAGAAUCCCCUGCUAUAAAUGA